AUGGGGAACGAAUCUGGGUACGGGAGUGAGCCUGGGUACAGAGGAGAUGUUGAGCUUGGUUAUGGUGAUGAGUACGAUGAUGAAGAAGAAGACGUGAAACUAUUGUUUUGGGGAGAUGAACACUUUGGCUCUGCUGUCUAUGUUCUUGUGGCCUCUGGCACACUGAUUGGUCUUGCAGCUAGUAACUUUGCGAUCAUUUCUUCAGACUCUCCUGCUUUUGCUGUUGUCUUGAACUUCCUGCUCCCUUUAGCUGUUCCUCUGUUGCUCUUUAGAACUGAUCUGCGCCGUGUGGUUCAGUCCACUGGAAAGCUUCUCUUGGCUUUCUUGAUUGGAUCAAUUAAGGGUGACACAAAGGGAUCAGCAAAAGGUGGGGAUGCAAAUUCAAAGAAAGAUGGUCAAUCAAGCCAAAAUGGCCAGCAUCCGCUUUACCCUGAUGAGCAGAUCCUCAAGUUCAAGAUCGAGCUUCUGAACAAGACCAACAAAAGUCUCCACCACACAGAAGACGCUCCCCAAGAUAUAAUAAUAUAUGGAGGAAGGGCUGCACCGCUCGUGACGUUCCUUUUGAACCCUAAUGUUGUCCAGGAGCUAAGAGGUGAUAAGCAAUACAAUCUCCAGAUGCUGAAAGAACGUUACCAGACCAGAUUGAAUGUGGGAAUUACUCAGCAUAAACUUGUGCCUGAAGAAACUGUGACGGUUAUUGACUCCCGCUGUGGUGAAAAAAUUUCAGUUUACAAGGGUUCUGGUAACGAUUCUAUUACCCAGCAGUUUGAUGCUUGUGCUAGCUGGUGGACACAGGGGCCAGAUCCUGCUUUCCAGGCUGAGCUAGCUAGAGAAAUGGCUUACACUGCUGCUAGGUUCGGGCAUGUUAUGUUCCCUGAGAAUGUAUAUGAACCUGCCUUGAAAUGUGCUGAGCUCUUGAUAGAUGGAGUGGGAAAAGGGCUAAUUAGUUUUAUACAUGCAUGCUGGGCUUCUCGAGUGUACUUCUCAGAUAAUGGAUCCACAGCUAUCGAAAUUGCUCUGAAGGUGGCGUUUCGUAAGUUUUGUGUUGAUCAUGAGACCCUAUUGGAAUUUUCUGAGGGUAGAGAUGAGAAAAAACAUAUUGUGGUUAAGGUCCUAGCUCUUAGGGGGUCUUACCAUGGGGAUACUUUAGGAGCAAUGGAAGCACAAGCACCAUCACCUUACACAGGCUUCCUCCAGCAGCCGUGGUAUACUGGAAAAGGUCUGUUUCUGGAUCCUCCUACUGAUAUCCUCUUCAAUGGAGCUUGGAAUCUCUCUCUCCCUGAAUUUUUUGCUGAAAUAGCCCCAGAAGAAUAUGGAACCUUCAGCACUCGUGAUGAGAUUUUCGACAAGAGUAGAGACACAUCAACUCUUGCAACAACCUAUUUGGCCUAUGUAUCAAAACAGCUACAAGAGUAUUCUGGAAAUACACAAUCCGCCCAUGUUGGAGCACUGAUAAUAGAACCAGUGAUCCAUGGUGCUGGGGGAAUGCACAUGGUUGAUCCUCUCUUCCAACGAGUUCUGGUCAACGAGUGCAGGAACAGAAAAAUUCCAGUAAUUUUCGAUGAAGUGUUCACAGGUUUCUGGUGUCUUGGAGUAAAGACUCAUGUUGAACUUCUCGGUUGCAAACCAGACAUAGCUUGCUACGCCACACUGAUGACUGGUGGAAUGAUUCCUUUGACUGUAACUCUUGCCACAGAUGCUUUGUUUGAUUCAUUUUCUGGAGAUCCAAAGCUUCAAGCACUGCUUCAUGGUCACUCAUACUCAGCUCAUGCUAUGGGAUGCGCAACAGCCGCCAAAGCCAUCGAAUGGUUCAAAGAUCCAGAGACUAGCCAUAACAUCAUCCCACAAAGAGGAAUCUUAAGAGAGCUGUGGGAUGAAGAACUGGUGCAGCAAAUAUCAUGUCACAGUGCGGUUCAAAGGGUGGUUGUAAUAGGAACCCUUUUCGCUCUAGAACUUAAAGUAGAUGCUUCCAACUCCAGGUAUGCUUCGUUGUACGCAAAGUCUCUUUUACAGAUGCUCAGGGAAGAUGGAAUCUUCAUGCGGCCUCUAGGAAACGUCGUGUACCUCAUGUGUGGCCCUUGCACGUCUCCUGAAAUUUGCCGGGAAUUGCUGUCUAAGCUCUACAUAAGGUUUGGAGAAUUUAAUAGGGCAUAGUA